ACCAUCGAAAUCCAACAAUUAUAUUUUUGUAAUGGAAUUUUCAGAAUUGAUACGAAUACCAAAAUUAGAUGACGUCGUUCUUCACAAUGCGUUUCACGACCCUCUUGAUGCUAUGCUGUGCAUAACUAGUCACCACCUCAUACUAUCUUCUAGAAAGGAGCACGAACAAGAAAUUUGGUUACUUCAUCAGAGCAUUGACUUUGUCGAGAAGAGAAUAAACAACAAUAAUUCCAAUUUAAACGGCGGUUCCCUUAUACUGAAGUGCAAAGAUUUACAAGUAAUUCAGUUAGAUAUAAAUAACACGGAUGAUCUACAUAAUGUUUAUUAUUCUCUCGAGCGCCUUUCCAAUUUAGAUAAUCCGACAUUAAUGUACCCAUUUUUUUAUAGACCAAUGUAUACAAUUCUCGAAGACGGACAUAAUUUGUUUAAACCGGAAUUGGAAUUUUCUAAAUUAAUCGCAAGUGAUGAGUGGAGACUAAGUACAGUGAAUAAGGAUUAUUCGGUUUGUCCUACUUACGGUCCUAGUCUGGUUGUUCCCAAGUGCAUUGACGACGACACACUGACAGCGGCUGCAAAUUUCAGAGAGGGUGGAAGGUUUCCAAUGCUUAGUUAUCGGCAUGACAACGGAGCAGUCUUGUUGAGAAGCUCGCAGCCACUUGUUGGUGCUAAUAACAAGAGGUCAAGAUCCGAUGAGAAGAUCGUAAAUGCAGUUUUGGGAACAACAAAUAAAGGUUACAUAAUUGAUACGAGAUCGGCGAGUACUGCAAGUCAGUGCAAAACUAAAGGCGGUGGUACUGAACCGGAUGGGAAUUAUCCACAAUGGAGGAGGAUUCAUAAGAAUUUAGAUAAAAUUUCCAAUUGCAAUGGUGUCAUUUUGGAGAGUUUUGCGAAAUUGAUGGAAGCUGUAAAUGAUGUAAACUGCUCUUCGGAUAAAUGGAUGUCUCGAUUAGAAAAUAGCAACUGGCUGACCUUUGUACAAAGCUCUUUAAAUGCAGCUUGUUUAGUUGCCCAAUGUUUGGAUCAAGAAGGCGUUUCUGUUCUUGUUCAUGGAACGUACGGUUUCGAUACAACUCUUCUAGUCACAUCCAUUGUGCAAGUAAUUCUUAAUCCCGAUUGCAGGACAGUUAGAGGAUUGCAAGCCUUAAUUGAAAGGGAAUGGUUACAAGCGGGACAUCCAUUUCAAAGUCGUCACGUGAAGGGUUGCUACAGCAAUAUCAAAAACAAGCAAAUUCAACCAACUUUUGUAUUGUUUUUGGAUUGCGUACAGCAACUUCAUCACCAAUUUCCUUGCAGUUUUGAAUUCACUACUCAUAUGUUGGUGCUCCUUUUUGAGCAUUCGUAUUUUAGUCAAUUUGGCACCUUCCUUGGCAACUGUGAAGCCGACCGUGAGAAACUGAACACAUUAAGAACAACAAGUUUGUGGUCGUACUUAAAUCGUCCCGACAUUAUGACGUCUCUAUUAAAUCCCAUGUAUGAUCCAAACAGGGCAACAAUAUGGCCGAGUGUCGCGCCUGUAAGUUUAAUUUUAUGGAACGAUCUGUACCUACGGUGGGUUAUCAGCCAAACCCAAAGUAAGAACACGCUCCAAAAAAUACAGGGUUUAAUACAAAACGAUAAAAACCUGAGGUCUCAGGUGACGAAAUUACGCAAGCAACUAGUGGACUUGCAAAAAGAGUGGGAUUCGAUUAACGUCGAUGAUGGUACUAUACAAAAUGAUAUUGAUACCGCUUAGAAUGUAGAUGAAGUAAAUGAUAUCUUUUAUUGGGGUAUGUUCCGUCUCUUCUAGUCACUUUGACAGUUUUCACGUACCGUUCAGUAUUUUACUUUUAAGUUCCAGCAUUCCAGUACUGUCUACAUUCUUUUUGCGUAGGUAUUUGAAAAUAUUCACAAACUUACUUGGUUGAUUUUUCUAGUGUAAUUCGUAUUAUUUUCUAACAAUAAAUUCACCUUGAUGUUAAACUAAAUGAGCACACAGCUUGUAGAGCUUUUAACUGUUUGCUUCUUUAUCCGAGAACCAGUGGAACAUUCCACAUUUUCAUCCCAAUAGCUACUUUGCGGAGUUUUAUCAGAAUUAUUAAUGUGUGUGAUCAAAUGAAGUUUUUGUAAUUAAUGCACCACAGGAAAGAACAUGAUUUUUAUUGUUACUAUUUUACUAUAAAAUCGAUGUGAAUAUAUUGGGAAAUUUAGAGCUUGUGUAAACGAAUGAUUACAUAAUGAAACAAAGUGCAAUAUUUGAAGAGAAUUGAUUUCUUUUCACCUCCACACUUUCGUGCUAUUCUUAUUCUGAAAUGUGUGUAUAUACAAUGUGAUUAGAAAAUGUCAAAUUACUUAAUGUAUAGUGUAAUAUAUAUGUUAUAUUAUAUUGAGAAUAUAUGUACUUUGAAAAAUA